AUAAUUUUUUUCUUCUUCUUCUUUUUUUUUUUUUUUUUUUAAUUGGCACAACUUCCCUAGUUUCCUCUCCGCUCCGUUCAGUUUCGCUCUAUGGACAGAUCAGCAAACCUGGAGACAGAGGAACUCAAGAUGACACGAGAGCAGUAUAUAUUAGCAACACAACAGAACAGCCUUCCAAGGACUGAGCAACCUCAGUUUUACCCAGUAGGGAUUUAUGGAUGGCGAAAGAGGUGCUUAUACUUCUUUGUCCUACUGCUGUUGGUUACCAUGAUUGUUAAUUUAGCAAUGACAAUAUGGAUUUUGAAGGUUAUGAAUUUCACAGUGGAUGGAAUGGGAAAUUUGAGAGUCACUAAAAAAGGAAUACGACUUGAAGGAAUAUCUGAAUUUCUACUUCCACUAUAUGUGAAAGAAAUCCAUUCCCGGAAGGAUAGCCCACUGGUCUUACAGUCUGACAGAAAUGUAACAGUGAAUGCAAGAAAUCACAUGGGACAGUUAACUGGACAACUGACAGUAGGAGCUGAUGCUGUGGAGGCUCAGUGUAAGAGAUUUGAAGUGAGAGCAAGUGAAGGUGGAAAAGUAUUGUUUUCUGCAGAUGAAGAUGAGAUUGUCAUUGGAGCUGACAGACUGAAAGUAACAGGCACAGAAGGGGCAGUGUUUGGGCACUCUGUGGAGACACCCCAUAUCAGAGCAGAACCUUCCCAAGACCUCAAACUUGAAUCUCCUACUAGAUCUUUGGUGAUGGAAGCACCCAGGGGAGUGCAAGUCAGUGCAGCUGCAGGAGACUUAAAGGCUACCUGUAGGAAAGAACUGCAUUUACAGUCCACAGAAGGGGAGAUAUUUUUAAAUGCAGAUACAAUCCGCCUGGGAAAUCUACCAGUGGGGUCCUUUUCCUCCUCCUCCUCCUCCUCUUCUUCCUUCUCCUCCUCCUCCUCACCCAGCUCUUCAGCUCCUCGCCAGACUAUCUAUGAGCUCUGCGUCUGUCCCAAUGUUCUGCUCGGUUUCCCUUGUGACAAGUUCAACGCUUCAAAAGGCCUGCAGAGCAACUUCUUCCAGUGUAAGCAGGAAUACAGCGCUGCCUUCUCUUGUGGUGUGUGGUGCCACUCGACAUAGAGAUGGGAGUGACAUGCUCAGAAAUAAAUGUAUUCUUCAUCAGGAAACCUAGAACACAAAAUCACCUUUUUUUCCAAAAGGGACAAUAACACAGGUGCCUUUGCUACUUGAAGUGAAGCACAUAGUUUUAGAUUUUUGCAGGACCUGGAUAUGAACUGCACAUAAAUAUAUAUAUAUAGUACAUAAAUUUGCCCAGAAUCUGAUGUUGAGAUUAAUUGGUUCCCUCUGUAUGAUAAAUAACUUUACUGUCUAAAAGCACAAUUUUCCAUUCAUCUUUUUGGAUGUAAACUUUUAUCCCUGAAUUUUAAAAUUUUGAAGCAUUGUGUGAUGCUUGCUUUAUUACACAAAUUCAGUAAAUGAUUUUUAAUACAAAAAGAGACAGAAUCCCUCCCUGAGUUUGGUUUCUUUAAAUAUGUGUUGUUACUCUUUGUCUACCAAGUCUAGGGUUUUAUACACUAGGUAAAUUUUGGAAGUGCUCAGCAAUAUUACCUUUCAAAGUUAAAAAACCGUAUGCUCUUGUUUGUCAGAUCUGAAUGACCUUAUAUAAUAUUUUCAUGGCUACUGCAUGUGAAGUGAUUGCUUUAAGUAAAACAUACAAUUUCUGGAAAAGAAGAACAGGGUAAAGAAGGAAAUUCUGAUAUGUUUGUUGAUCAGUGUAUUGCUCUUCACAAGGUACUUGUAAUUGGCAAAUAUAAAAACCAAGAGAGAAAUCUUCAAAGGUUCAUCUUAUCCAUUUUCUGGCUGUGUCUAACUGCUGCCGUUUGAACACAGUAAAAAUAUUGGUACUAAUGUAACAUGGGAUACUGAGAAGCAGUGCACUAACAACUUGUAUGACAUUCACAUUUAUUAUUCUCUUUUGUUUAUCAUCUGCUGCUAAGGUUUCAAAGUUAUAGUAAUAUAUAUAAAACCACAUAUUAAACAAUAUUCAGUAUUAAAAAGUAUGUUGAUCUUACACUGACUUUAUCAGGUCUGUGUUUAAAAUAUGCAGCCACAUUUGCACUCAAAGCUCACUACUGACUCUUUUUUGACAAACCUCAUGACAGAUUUCUUUGUUGUGUCAAUGUUCUUACUUGUUUGGCUUGGUUGGUAAUUGAAAUAUUAUGAAAAAUGCUUUGGUGUACUGCUGGUAAAUUUGUUCGCAACAUUGAUUAACAAGAGUAUCUUGAAACUUGCAGAACCCAGGAAUGUAAAACAGUAUAAAAAUGCUUCCUAUUGUGGAAGAUGACUUGAUUACAUGAGGUAAGUGAGCUUUUUAAUUCUAUGCUUUAAAUUACAUCACCUAGCUUGUAGUUCUAGAGGCUUCUGAAUGUAAGAUCAUAAAUGAAAUGACAGCUUUUGCAAAGUAAUUCUAAAGCCAAGGCAGACAGUGCAAGGUGGGUAUUUGUAUGCAAUUUUUUUUCUUAGAGAAAAAAAUGAAAAUGAGCAAACUAAUACUAUGAUUGCCUUUGCAUUUUAUUAACACCUAAUUAGGUUGAUUUUGUUUUCACUUCAGAUGAAAUUCACUCCUGUGCAGAAGACCAACACAGGACAUGUCAAUGGCUUGACUGGUGCUUGCCUUAUCUUUGGCCCUCUUCAGAGGUGUGAAUUUCACCCCAAAGCAAGAAUUCUGUAUUUGCAGUUUUUACCAGCUAAAUUAAGAUUUCAAAUUGAUUAUUUUACCACUUCAAAAGAAUACCAUUAACAGCUGAUUUUUAUUUUUUUUUUUGAGAAUUUUAUUCUUGGAAAGAAAAUAUAUUAGAAAAUAUUGCAAGAAAAUGUAUUAGAACAUAAGGAUUUUUAGUGAGAGGGGCAAAAAGAGAUACAGAUGGUAAAGAAGAUGACAAUAAAAGAUUAGAAAGUGUAGCCAUACAAUACACACUUAAAACUGUAGGGAUAUAGAUGUCUUUUUCUUAUGUACACAAGUAAUAGAAUGGUAGUGUGAGAGUGAUGGUUAAAUAGUAUUUCAGGAGGAAAAGUAUAUAGAUAUGUAUGAGGGCACAUAUGUAGUCAUUAUCUGUGCACACCUACAUACACCUAUUGCUGAAAAGAUGAACAAACAUAUUAUAGUGACUAAUCUAUUUGGUGAAUUAAAAUAUAGCUUCUUACAAUAUAAAUAGCCUAAGGCUUUUUUUUCCCCUUGAAUAAACCCAUGGAAUGGCUUGCAGAUAUUUUGUCAUGAAUUCUCUUCCGAAAAAUUCUUGUUUGUUUGCUUUUUACCUUAUGUGAUUACUUACCUGUUAUACGUAUAAAAAAGGUUUCUACUCACUGGAUGGAAAGACCCAACCUUUAUAAAUUUUACACAACUUGGGUGGAAUGGGCAGGUACAAAAAAAAAUCUUUUGUUACUAGCUUAUUUUAACAACAAGACUGGAAUAAUUUCCCACUUAGUAUGAAGAAAACUCAGAGCAGAUAUGUGGAUGGUGCAUUGGACUCCACAAAAUCAAGUAAGUCCACAUAGCUCUUCACUGUCAGGAUAUUCUUUAUUGGAAUCCCUUCAGUCUGAAGUAGAGAGUAUUUAAGAGCUUCACCAACCAGUUAGGUAGCAUAACAAGUUCUCAUAAUGUCUCAGUAUUGUGGUGAAUUUCAUAAUAUCAAUGUUUUACUUUAGAUUCAUCAAAAACUGUAAGAAGGGAAAAAAAUCAGUUUUUAUUUUAAAAAGUAUUUCUAGCCCACAUGAUUUUAGGGAUUAUUGCAAAAGUGAUUUAAUGGACUUACAGAACUAAAAAUUUAGAAUACCAUCCUUAUGGCUGCAAUGACAUAUAUGAAAAGACCUUAUUGGCUACAUGAAUUUAAUAUAUAUCAUAGAUUAACCUCCUGUAAAAAAUCUGUGUCAUGAUAUUAUAGGAUACUGUCUCUUUCUUGUUUAAAAAAAAAAAAAGAGAAAAAUAAAAGCAUCAGCCAACCUCUCUGAGCACUGUUAUGGUUUUGUAUAGCAGUUCAUUCAUCGUUUAAGUGUUAAGACCAAAGACUGACACUUCUAUUAUAUCUAACACUAUGACACUGCUGUUUCUACUAAUUCUGUUGGAAUGAAGAGAUGAGAAGUUGUAAUUACAACAUGAAAUUGUAACAUAGUUUAGAUUUGUGCAGCAUUUUGAGCUGUAGACUGUCAAUUUUUUCCAGAGUUUAAAUUUUUUGUCAGUGUGUUGCAAUUACCUUACUGUUCAUGCAUAGGGGUAUCUUUUGGUAAAAACAAAGGAGUAAUUAUUCCAAAACUUACCAAGACAUUCUUUCAACUGAAGUUAUACUGGUUUGCUUACAAAACAGUGGCUUGACUGGAUAACAGAACUCACUUUAAAUCAUUUUGAAUGCAGGAGGCUAUUAAGUCUGGAUUGAAGAUACAGCCAUAAAUGUCUAGAAGGAUUUAAUGAAGGAUGUUUAAGAUAUUCGGUUGCUAACAUAAUGUAUUUUUUAGGUUUUUUUGUUUUACUUUGUUUUUAGAUUCUAAAUAAUUGCUAAAUAAAAAACAAAUUAAAAACCCACAAACAAGACUGGAAUUGUUAUCAGCUGCUUUACUGUAAUGUACAUGAAAGUUGGAUUAAAGUUUGAGUGUCAUAUUGUUUCUAUCAGUACUCAGUAAAGGUCUGCUAACCAUUUUUG